CGCAUGUCAGCAAAGAGGAACUGAUUAUUUGAGUAAACGUUUCUGUGGAGCACUGAACCGGAAAGCCUCCGUGACAUUUAGCACGUAUUAGCCGAAUAUAAGUGAUUUAGUAAAUAAUUCUCUAAAGACAAUUGCUGUAGUGCAGGCGGAGGCGGACACCACGCCCUCUGUUUCUCUCUCUGUGUGUAUGUUACGUAAGCCUUUACGCACACGGACACAUUUGAGCAGCAAACUUCAGUGCGCUCGGUUGUUAGUCGCUGUGUUUGCACCUGAGCGUUACAUCUAUCAACCUCGUACACUACACCUCUAAGGUUUGCCAAGAUGGUGGUGCUCUCCAAAGAGUAUGGCUAUGUGGUGUUGACUGGCGUUGCCAGCAUUAUCAUGGUUGGACAUCUGGCCAUUAAAGUUGGCAAAGCCCGCAAGAAGUACAACAUAGAGUAUCCUCAAAUGUACAGUGACGACCCAGAGACUGGAAACAUUUUCAACUGCAUCCAGCGUGCACACCAGAACACCCUGGAGAUCUACCCCGCCUUUCUUUUCUGCCUGACAGUUGGCGGCCUGCAUUGUCCUCGCGCUGCCAGUGGUCUUGGACUUGUAUGGAUCAUAGGCAGAUUGGUGUAUGCACAUGGCUACUCUACAGGAGAUCCUAAAAAAAGAAUGCGGGGAGCGUUCGGGAACGUGGCUCUGCUCGGGCUGAUGUUGACCACCGCCUCCUUCGGCCGCAGCCUGCUGGGCUGGACGGGGCCACGGAUGGGCCCCUGGCGUAAUGCACACACAUGUUGCUAGUCUUCAGGAUGGGCUCACUCAGUCAUUCACCUUUUAUAAUCAAAGCAGCUCUAUAUAACCCCUAUGCAUUGCACCAGGUUUGCUAACCUCAGACCAAGGUGAAGUUCAUGUUGUCAGGUGACCUGACCGGUUCUUCAGGUAGGAAAUUCCUCAUUUAGUCUAACGGACGGGGUGUAGAAACUGGUCGGCACUCCCACAACGUGCAAGAUAUGUCGGUUUGUCUUGAUAGCUACUUCACCUGCGCCCUGGUUUAGACAUGCUUUGUUAUCUGGCCUCAUAACAUGAAUUAUAUUUUACAUAUUUAGCAACUGACAAAUGAACAUGCUGUAAUAAAACAGGGACACUUCAGAGGGAAUUUGACUUUACAUGUUUGAUGGACUUUGUUCUAGAAUAGCAUUAUAUCAUGUUGCUGAAAAUGUCUGAUUUUGCACAUUAAGGAAUAACUGAAAGUUUGUCAAAAAUAUUGCUGUUGUUCAGUUAAAAAAACUCUAAUCAUAAUUUUCUUUUUAUAUAGAUGUUUUUCAUACUGAAAACAUGGUAUUGACUGGUCAUGCUGAUGACAUUAAAUAUUACACAUUGGUUAUAAAUUA